AUGUUGAAAUGGAUGAGGAACGCUUGCCUUGGAUCGUCGGCAUUUGUCCUACAGGCCACAGCCAUAGACCGUUAUCAAGCUGUGUGCAAACCAUUCACUUGGCGACGAAUCGGGGCUGUUAGAACUAUUCUAGUUCUGAUUGUGUGCGUAAUUUUAGGGACAUUGCUGACAUUACCUAUAUUUUUCACCGUUGGGAUACAACGUUACGUGGUCAGCGUUUCUUCUGUUGAGGCUUACGGGUUUUCCGCCGACACAUACCAAGGCUUCACAGUCAAUCAAUCCUACAUUUAUGUGUGCGAAGUCCUGAACAUAUACCAACAAUCUUGGGAAAAUCUAACAGUAAGCAUUGUGUCAGUACUUAUAUUCAUUUUUCUUGUGUCGGUCACGAUGGUUUCCUAUACUAUCAUAUACAUAACAAUGAAACGUCAGUUGGGGUUCCGUGGAAGAAAAGCUUGGGCAAUACGGAAGAAUCUCGUCCAGCCAACAAAGCGAGGAGAGAAACCGGGAACAGUGGCUGAUGUUUCGUCACACAAGAUCAGUCUUAUCAACGUGACUCCCAUCAGCGUGACCCCCAUCAGCGAUGACACCGGCGACGUGACGCAGUCGUCUUUUCCUGACAGUAGCAACGGUCAGACUAUCUCCGUUCGAGAAACAAGUGUAGGUAACACGCAAUACCGGGCAACAAGAGCCCUAAUGGUCGUCACAGUGGUUUUUACAGUUUCUUGGAUUCCAUUUUGGAUCAACGCAUUACUGGGUACUUUUAACUCUCGCUUCACGAACUAUGUCAACACUACCGAUCAAAUACUGCGGGAGUUCUUCAUUGAACUUUACUUUUUAAAUAAUGCUUUAAAUGCAAUCGUCUACUAUGUGUACAACCGCAGUUUUCGUCAAUAUUGUAAAGAGGUGUUACGAAAAUGUAACUGCAAAACGAGUCAACUUUGA